AUGAACUAAACGAAACAUGGCCAUUUUGCCACCCAAAGACCUAACAAAAACUAGUCGCUACCCACAACCUGAAGCUUCCAUUUUGUAAUUAGAAACAGUAAUUUGUGCAGUCUUAAGCAAAGAAAAGCAAAUGGUAACUGUUGAAAGUAAGAAUCUCAUGGGGGAAUAAAGAGGGAAAGAUAGGAGAAUCUUUCAACUCUGAUGUGGAAUAUGCACGCUUCUACUUACCAAAGACAAGCAACAAAAUUUUGGAGCAUUUGAAAGAUUGAACCAAAGUUCAAGGAAAACAGAAAAUAGCUCAAAGAUAUGUCUUUUGCUGUUCUUGGACAUCGAUCAUGUCUAAGAAAUCAUAAGCAAAAAAUUUGUGCACCAAGAAUACAUUUUUCUUGCAGCAGACUUAAGGUUCCCUUUGAUAUAUUCAGUAAUGCCAUGACAAGGCCCCGCAAUUUCUCGCCAGAUUUAAACUUAAUCCUUGAAUGGUCCGCCACCUUACAAUAUAAGGAUUUCCACGCCCAUUUCUCUGUUUCAAACUCUCCUCAUCUUCAUAUAACAUCAAGAGAGGGAGAGAGAGAGAGAGGGAAUGGCUGCUUUCUGUUAUAGAAUCACCUUCCCAAUCAGGUGCACUUCCAAUAGUAGUUCAAAAAAUGAUCCGAAUAAGCUCAAUUUGCAUAAAAUUAACAUCAAUGGGACCUCCUCUGCUAGGCCUCAUAUGAUUGAUUCACUCAGCCAAACUGCUGGAGUAGCAACAACUUCCGUAGCUUCUGUUGCUGAGAAUAUCACUCGUCAAAACAUUCCCACCAAGAAACAGUACAUUGAUGCUCAUCGUCAAGGCCUCAUCGUCGAAGGCGGCGUUGCCUAUAGGCAGAAAAUUGUUAUCAGGUCCUAUGAAGUAGGUCCUGAUAAAACUGCUACGCUUGAGAGCAUCCUUUCUCUUCUCCAGGAAACAGCAUUGAAUCACGUAUGGUUGUCGGGACUUCUAAGCAAUGGAUUUGGGGCUACACAUGGAAUGGUGAGGAAUAAUCUCAUCUGGGUUGUCUCAAAAUUGCAACUUCAAGUGGAUCAGUAUCCAAUCUGGGGAGAGGUAGUGGAAAUAGACACGUGGGUGGGAGCAUCAGGAAAGAAUGGAAUGCGACGAGACUGGCUCAUCCGAAGCCAAGCAACAGGCCAUGUCUUUGCACGGGCAACAAGCAUUUGGGUGAUGAUGAAUGAGAAGACGAGGCGCCUGUCGAAGAUGCCAGAGGAGGUGAGGGCUGAGAUUUCUCCUUGGUUUAUAGAGAAACAAGCAAUCAAAGAAGAGGUCCCUGAGAAAAUUCAAAAGUUGGACGACAAAGCUAGAUAUGUCAUCACUAACUUGAAGCCAAAGAGGAGUGAUUUGGAUAUGAACCAACAUGUCAACAAUGUGAAGUAUGUAAGAUGGAUGCUAGAGACAAUUCCUGACCAGUUCCUGGAGUCCCAUCAACUCUCAGGGAUCAUACUAGAAUAUAGAAGGGAAUGUGGGAGUUCAGACAUUGUUCAAUCUCUAUGUGAGCCUGAUGAAGAUGGGAUCAUCAACAGUGGUUUAAAACAAGCUAAUGAAAUCCCUCUGCUCAAUGGGUUCUCAUUGGCAUCUGAAAUAAUGGAAGGAAAUGGACUCCUGGGAUCACUGGACAAGGCACCGCUAAGAUAUACACAUCUCCUUCUAAACAAAGGAGAUUCUCAAAAUGAAGAGAUUGUCAGAGGGAAGACAAUGUGGAAGAAAAAGCAGAGAAUUAAGCCAUUUUCAACCUAGCAAAAAUUAAUUUUAAAUAAAAAUUAAGUAUGUCUUCAAGUAGAAGGGAUUUAGUGGUCUGAGUCGUCCUUGUUUGAACAUCAUUGAGAACUUCAUCCUCAAAUCCAACAAGACAGGUUAGUUCUGUAAUAAUUUUUCAAGUUAGAAAAGGAGUACAUAAGAUUGGAUUUGGGCUACUGUACAUCCUUGACCUCCCAAACUUUUUUUGAGAUGCUGGUCUUGAUUGAUUGGAAGCUGAAUAAGACCACAGAAAUCUCUUACGAUUGUAAUUUGUUGUGUUACUUCCAAAAUGAUUAAUUAUAAGAAAUCAUAAUCUCGGUGCUCGUCUGUAUUCAAAGCUUGUAUCCAAAAUAUAUACCAGCCAUAAUGACUUCAAGAUUAGAGGAAAGGAAAUAAUAAUUGAUUUCUUGUUUUUGAUUAAAAAGCUAGUGAAAUUCAAUGAAAUUAAGGUUGAAAAGCCAAUGAACUGAUGAAAUUUGCAAAUGUAUAUGAUUGCACCGGUUUCAUUUUGAGAAACACAUUGC